AUGGCUACUGUCGAAAAGGUCAAGGACCAACAGAAACAAUUCAAGGUGCAGCAAGGCGACUCAUUCUCCGGUGAGGACUAUGAUACCGCCGACGACUACGAAUACUCCGACGAGAGUUUUGAAGAGUCAGCUUCCGAACAGUUACAGCAGAAACAGCAGAAACAGCAGAAACAGCCGCAACUUCAGCAGAAACGGCAACAGCAACAGCUUCAGAAGUUACCGCGGCAACAGCAGAGUGGACAUGAUAACGAUGACUACUCGGAUGACUACUCGGACGAAUAUGAGGACGACUACUCUGAUGACGAUGAUGAGGAUCUCUACGAUGUCGACGAAAUGCAGGGUAAGGCCCUCCAGUCAUCCGAACAACGCAACACGGAUAUAGGCAACCGGUCCGGCAGCAUGAGCAUAGUCCAGAAGGAGAAGAAGGACAUCAUGGACGAGGAAGGGCUCAAGCUGAGGCUGGAGCUGAAUCUGGAGAUCGAGAUCGUGCUCAAGGCACACAUCCAGGGUGAUUUGACCCUGAGUUUAAUGUAA